AUGGCUUCCAAAAGAGCAGCUCAAGUACUGCGACCAGCGGUCAAUGGCUUCAAGGCAUCACCUGUGAGCCUGAAGCAUGCUGUAAAACCUCAAAUCACGACCAGAAACCUCUCGAUACGCGCUGCUCGUCCCCGCCAGCUCAACCGGGUUUCAACGACCGCCGUCCGCUUCGCCUCGUCUGCAGUUCCCACUUCCGAGGGUCAAUUGGGCAGGACCGGCCUCUAUGAGCUUCAUGCUAAGUAUGGGGCAAAGUUCGUGCCUUUUGGCGGGUAUGAGAUGCCCGUUCAGUACAGCGAUCUGAGCAUUGUCGAUUCGCACAACUGGACCCGGGAGAAGGCCAGUUUGUUCGAUGUGGGACAUAUGGUGCAGCAUGACUUCUCAGGCCCCGGUGCUCAAGCUUUCCUAGAGCGCCUAACACCAUCGUCCCUCUCGUCGCUCUCUGAGAACCACUCCACCCUCUCUACUUUGCUUCACCCCGAGACCGGUGGCAUUGUCGAUGACACAGUCAUCACCCGCCUCCCCAACAGCUUCUACGUCGUCACCAAUGCCGGCUGCAGAGAGAAGGACCUAGCAUACCUCACCGAGCAAUUGGAAGCGUGGAGGAAGGAAAACCCUGACCAGACUGUGGAGUGGAAGCUGCGAGACAACCAGGGCCUCGUCGCUCUACAGGGCCCUCUUGCAGCAACCAUCCUCGAGCGUGUGCUGAACGAGAAAUCAGCUUCUGCUCUCAGCACUUUGUACUUCGGCCAAUGCAUGCCGGGAACUAUCAAGGGAACUGAUGUGGAAGUUCUGAUCAGCCGUGGCGGCUACACUGGUGAGGAUGGCUUCGAAAUUAGCAUCCCCCCAUCUGCCACCGAAGCUGUUACGCAAUACCUGCUCGACUCGGCCAAGGAUGAGCUCCGCCUUGCUGGCCUUGGAGCGCGUGACACCCUCCGACUGGAAGCCGGUAUGUGUUUGUACGGGCACGAUCUAGACGAUACCACCACGCCCGUUGAGGCUGGUCUCUCGUGGAUCAUCGGCAAAGACCGCCGCGCGAACGGUGGUUUCCACGGUGACUCCGUCAUCCUGCAGCAGCUCAAGAAAAAGUCCGAGGGCGGUGGUGUCACCCGGAGACGUGUCGGCUUGAUCAUUGAAGGUUCACCUGCCCGUGAAGGCGCUGAGAUUGUGAACGAGAAUGGCGAGAAGAUCGGUAACAUCACAUCUGGGUGCCCCUCGCCUACGGCAAAGAAGAACAUUUCCAUGGGCUACAUCAAAGAUGGUAUGCACAAGAGUGGGACUGAAGUUCAAGUUGUCGUCAGAGGCAAGAAGAGGAAGGCGACCGUCACGAAGAUGCCAUUCAUCGGCAGCAAGUACUAUAAAGCACUGGCGCCGGAACCAAAAUAG